AAGUGUUUUGAAACAUUGUAGCAGCUUGACACAGCGAGAGCGCGUUUGCAGUGCAUUCGCUUCUGUUUCUGUGUCUCGCGGAUUAUGAGAGCGCGGGAAGGAGGUGCUGAGGGCCGCGGGAGCUGAGUCACCGUGAAUCAUCUAUAUGGGCCAUUUUCUCUCAAAAAAUGGUUACAGCCUGAAGAAGAAGAAGAAAUCACGGAAGCUGCGCAAGAAGAAGAGGAGGAGGAACUGCUUCCUUCAGGGUCCCUGCAUGCUGUGCUUCAUCGUGCACGGCACCAGCGGGAGCGUCGAGGACGACUGGCCCUUCGAGAGCGCGGUGGCAGCGGCUUCCAAACUCGCCGAACGCUACGUGUCACUGAACUCGCCCGAGGAGUGCGCCAAGUUCCUCCUCUCUCCGGGAGAGCUGGCCAUUUGGGAGGGCCAGGGUCGGAGUCUGCUCUCCAAGCUGAUAGGGCCCCCGGCGCUGUUCUGUGCCGCGGACUAUUCGGAAAUGGUGUGCAAGCGCAAGUGUGCUGAGCUGCAGCGGUGUACGCCCCGCAAGCAGCCUCGCUGUGCCUUCCAGGAGGCCAUGGAGAAUGGAGAGGAGCGAGGAGACAGCCGGUGCCUCCUCCCUUCGCUGCCUUCAUCCUCCUCUUCUUCCUCUCCUUCAGAGGAGGACGGCUCCGGCGCGGGGCGGCAUACAGACGCGGGCUCCGCCGCAACCUCCUCUUCCUCCUCCUGCUGCUGUCAGCUGUCCCAAAACGAGAGCUCGGAGGAGGCAAAGAGCGCUGAAAGUACAGACACGCCCCACAUUAACCAGCUGCCCUCAUCGAUACUGCUCAAGGUGUUUUCUCACCUGUCGGUGAAGGAGAGAUGUCUGGGUGCGUCUCUGGUCUGUAAGUACUGGCGCGAUCUCUGCUUAGACUUCCAGUUCUGGAAACAGAUCGAUCUCAGCGGCCUCCAGCAGGUUAAAGACGAUCUCCUGGUGAAGAUCGCGUCCCGGAGGCAGAACGUCACUGAGAUCAACAUCUCCGACUGCCGUAACGUUCAGGAUCACGGCGUUUGCUCGCUGGCGUCUAACUGUCCCGGUCUGAUCAAAUACACGGCGUACCGCUGUAAGCAGCUCAGCGAUGUGUCUCUGUGCACCGUGGCCAUCCACUGCCCGCUCCUGCAGAAAGUGCAUGUCGGCAACCAGGACAAACUCACUGACCAUGCUCUCAAACUGUUGGGCGAACACUGCAAAGAGCUGAAGGACGUGCAUUUCGGCCAGUGCUACAGCAUCAGUGACGAGGGUCUGGUGGCGCUGGCGCAGGGGUGCAGCAAACUACAGAGGAUCUACAUGCAGGAGAACAAACUGGUGACGGAUAAAUCGGUGCAGGCAUUUGCGGAGAACUGUCCGGAUCUGCAGUUCGUGGGCUUCAUGGGUUGUUUGGUGACGUCUCAGGGCGUCAUUCACCUCACCCAGCUUCAGCACCUGAGCAGUCUGGACCUGCGGCACAUCUCUGAGCUCAACAACGAGACUGUGAUGGAGGUGGUGAGAAAGUGCAGGAACCUGACGUCCCUCAACCUCUGCCUCAACUGGACCAUCAACGACAGUUCUGCUGGAAUCAGCGUCUGUGACUGGAGAGUGUGAGGAUGUUGUUGAUGUUCCUGCUGUAACGCAUGGAUUUACAGCCGCCGCAGGCGUUAACGCAAUAUUGAAUUUACAGUCCGCCCCAGAUACAGUGCCGUUGUUUUAUGAUUUCUGGAUUUAUUGGAGCUGAGGAUUCUCACCCCUGACCCUUCAUGAAGCGCUGAUUGAUUUCUCCACAGCGUUCCCAUCGGGUUACAGGUUUGGGUUGGUGAGGUCAGACUGAGAACAUGCUGUAAUUUACACUGAUUUGACUUUUAUUCAACCGCAUUCAUGAGCGCUGACGCUCAACCAGUCCUGCAUCAAA